UAAAACCCAAGGCCCCUAUAUUUUGUUCACACACUCUCAAAUGUGUAAACAAACUCAUUUGCCCCAACUAUCCCUGUUACACGUGUCUGCAUGCAAGCCUUCCACCGAGUCUUCCCCUUCUAGUUAUUUAGUUCCUCUUCCCACUCACUCACUCUCUUUUCUUCACAUAUUUCAAUCUCUUAGCCAACUUGAAUUCAACUUCACAAGAAUGAAGAUCUUCAAUUGGGUUCAUCGAAAGUUUCAUCACAAAGAUGGGUUUGGUGGGAAUGUGAAGAAGAGCACCGAAACAGAGUGUCAAGUACUGCUUGAAAAUGUCACUCUCGUGGAGGUGCUUGGGGGUUGGAUAGAUGGUAUUCUCACCAUUGGUACAUUUGGGUUCGAUCCAUCCACUGAUUUCGAUCAAAAAAAUGAAUGUCCGUUGGUUGAAGAAGAAGAAGAAGAAGAAGAAGAAGAAGAUGAUGAUGAUGAUAUGAAAGAAUGUGAUGAUGAAGAAGAACAGAGUCUGUUGGUGUUGACUGUGAAAGCUGAUCUAAGAGAUUAUGAAGUUGGUUUAGAUUCGGAAGAGUUGGAAGGUGAUAUGAGGAAGAAGAAGAGAAUUACACUUGCAGACUUGUUUGUUGCUGAUUCUGAUUUGAAUGAGAAGCCAGAUUGCGGGAAGGUCCUAGAAGAUUUUGGUAAGAAGGUUGAUGUUGAUGCCAAGAAGAAGAAGAAGAAUAAGAAGAAAGGCUUCUCGUCUGCUAAGAAGUUCAUUCCUGGUGUUGGAGACGAUACAAGUCCGAUCAAGAAACUACACCAAUUGAUGAAAAGAAUGAUGAAGAGGAAGAUCCAUCCAGACCUUGAAGAAAAAUUUGAAGAGAUGGAUAGCCAGAUGAAGCCUACAACAUGUGGUCUUAUUGCACAUGGAUAUGGAACCAGUGAAUCUGUUUCCCUUCUUCAAACUAAAGAAUCUAUUGUCUGAAAUGUGAGAGAAGUCAAGAUCUGUUUUUUUUAGAAAACGUGUUGUCUUGAUUGCCUCUUACGCUGUGUUUGGUUAGGGGAUUUGAGAAGGGAUUUAAAAAGAGAAAGGAAAAAGUUAGGUGAAAUGUAAAUAAAAUAUACUUACAUUUCACCUAAUUUUACACACAUUUUCCAUUUCCUUUUCCAAAUCUCUCUCCAAAUCCCCCCACCAAACUGUUUUCUUCUGUUUACUUUCAUGUAUAUAUGAACAAUUGAACUAUGUGAAUUUAUUUUGUACAGGAUUCAAUUGAUUUUGUUUUGGCACAUUGAUGCAUGUCUUUUUUUUUUUG